CAACCUAGGAGCGAAAAGGAAUGUCAGGGUGCAUUUUGUUUAACAUUAGCUGAGUUGAUUCUGAAAAGAGCAAACAAAUUCCUUUUGUUGGAGCACUCUGCAUUGUGCAGUCAGUGUCGAGUCUGUCUUCUCUCUAUGGGAUGUAUUCUCACAAGGACGCGGACAACAUGUAGCUGACUGGUUAUUUUACAAAGUUCAAGUUUGCAUGGUUUCCUCCGUGAUUUGUCGCUGGAAAUUCAGAGAUCCUAGAGAGCCGAAGAGGCAGCGGAAUAGCGAGUAUUAUGUAAAAAAUAAAGGUAAAAUUGCAAAGCCGAUACGACCAGCACGAAAACUUAAAAAUCAGUCAGCGAUGCUGGAUAUUGAUGAGAACAUGGUUUGUGGUACACCAACUAAAUUGGGAGUCACCCAACCGUGCAUACCACCUGCAGCAACAGGUCAGACGCAGGAAAAUCCAGGAGGAAUGAGACAUGAUCUGAUAGCACAAACAAAUUUUAGGAAAGCAGUUUCACUGAACCAAAUAACUGGUCAGACGCAGGAAAAUCCAGGAGGAAUGAGACAUGAUCUGAUAGCACAAACAAAUUUUAGGAAAGCAGUUUCACUGAACCAAAUAACUGGUCAGACGCAGGAAAAUCCAGGAGGAAUGAGACAUGAUCUGAUAGCACAAACAAAUUUUAGGAAAGCAGUUUCACUGAACCAAAUAACUGGACAACAAGAAAUCCACAUUGAGUUGACAGAUAUACUUGCGGUUCUUCAUCUGGUCUAGCUGCACUUGUGUCAUAGGGGCUAUACUCAGUAACAAUUGGGGCAGAUGGUGUAGGUUUAUAUUCAUAAAUAUUACUUUUGUGUGGCACAGGUUUUGUUGGGAUUCAAUCUUCUGUCUGUGGCAUUGUUGGUUUCAAGGCAACAUUCGGAUGGACAUAUAUGAAUGGGUAACUAAGAAUUGUUCCGUAUCACAAAAUAUUUACCAGUGUUUCUUUAAGGGUCAUAAUUUAUACGGGUUAGGAACUUAAAAUACUUUUAAACAUCACUUCAGUAAGCUUUACUAACUUAUGUUAACACUCCAAGCGAUCCUAAUUCAGUUAAAAUGCUGGCAAUUAGGUCUGCUGGUUCUAUGCAGAAUUUUAGCACACCCAUUUAAUCACGCUAUCCAAUUUAAUGUUUAGAAAAAUCCAAUCACUUAUCUAACACACAAGUUCCUAGCUACCCCAAUGUCCAUGCACGUGUUUUGCAGACUAGCUCAAGCUUUGGUGCCCUAAUUCUGUUUAUUUUGCUUUGUUCUUCUCUCAUAAAUUUCAAGUUAUGUAAAGUUAUUCAAAUGUUUAUUUUCCUGAAAUUUUGUCAGAUGCUUUCUUCACCUCUUGCAGCCUCAGUGGAGGAUAACACACUCUGAAGAUGGAUUUGGUGCUUUGCACAAGUACCAUUCCAGGUUUCAGACCGAGCAAUGUGAAUUGUCAAGAAUGAUCUUGCUAACCUAGGCCGUAGUGUGUCAAGUAAGAGUGUGAGGUUUAAUUCAAUACUACCAGUUAAGCAAGAUUGUAAGGGCUUGGUUUUUUUGAAUUAAUAAGAUAACUUUUCAAAAAUAAAAUAUAAAACAUAUCUUCAUAUGGUGAGGGUUUAUUUGCU